ACAGUUGAGCUCAGAUCAGUAGGUGUGAAGAUGGGCAGAUUCAUGAGACAGGCUGAGCCUCCAUAAACACACCUAGCCCCAUGAGAGUGGGGUGGAUUCUUUCCCAAGCUCUCUCCACUCAGAAACGAGUCCCUGGGCUCCUUGCACAGUAAUUGGUCUUAAUUAGGCUGUGGGAAGGAGCUUCUUUAAAUUACUCAGAAAGUAAGACGUGUCAUCCUCUUAACAUCUUAACAUCUGUUCCUCUCGCCCUCUGCUUCUUUCCCCUUCCUUGCCUCUCUCACAAUUGGCCAUGGUAGGGCACUGAAGGACACGCUUCCAUCCCCUCCAGAGGCCCAUCCUUGCCUAAACAGUGCUAAGGAGCCCAGACUCCAGAGCAAUGAAAUAUGGGCAGCAAUUCCCUGCAUCCUUGGUCCUGGGGCUGGUGCAGGUUUGCUUGGCCCAGGCGAAUUUUGCUCCUUAUUUCUACGACAAUGGAGCCAGCAGCACGAAUGGAAAUAUGGCCCUUUUCAGCCUUUCGGAGGACACCCCUGUGGGUUCUCAUGUGUAUACAUUGAAUGGAACUGACCCAGAAGGAGACUUUGUCACCUAUGGCAUUAGCUUUGAGUCCAGUUCAAGAAAUUUCUUCUCCAUUGAUCCAAACUUUGGAAAUAUCACGUUGAUUGAGGAGUUGGACAGAGAGAGAGAAGAUGAGAUUGAAGCUAUCAUCAGCAUCUCUGAUGGCAUAAAUAGAGUGUCAGAAAAAGUCCUGAUUCUGGUAACUGAUGCCAAUGAUGAAGCCCCACAGUUCAUCAACACACCCUACAUCAUCCUUGUCCCUGAGGACACACCUGCAGGGAGCAGCAUCUUCAAGGUACAAGCUUUGGACAAGGACACAGGAUCUGGGGGAAGUGUCACCUAUUUCCUUCAGAAUCUCCACUCCAACAAGUUUACUAUGGAUCGUCACAGUGGAGUGCUACGCAUUAGCGUUGGAGCCACUCUAGACUAUGAGAAGUCGAGGACACAUUUCAUCACUGUCUUAGCCAAGGAUGGUGGAGGGAGGCUCCGAGGAGAUUAUGUGGUAUUCUCAGCUACCACCACCAUUACUAUCAAUGUGGAUGAUGUCCAGGAUACAGCACCCAUCUUUGUUGGCACACCAUAUUAUGGCUAUGUCUAUGAAGAUUCCCAUCCGGGUUCAGAGAUCCUAACAGUAGUUGCUGUAGAUGGUGAUCGGGGUAACCCUAACAUGGUGCUCUACAACUUUGUGAAUGGGAGUGAUGAAGCCUUUAGGAUCAAUGAAACCACAGGAGCUAUCUCUGUUGUAGUGUCCCCCAGCCAGCUCAAGAAGGAGGUAUACGAGCUGAGAGUACAGGUGUCAGAGGUCAGUUCCAGUGGUGUCCUGGCAGCUCAAGUUUCAACUACUGUGACUAUCAGGGUAGUUGACCUCAACAACCAUCCCCCAACGUUCUAUGGAGAGAAUGGACUCCAGAAUAUGUUUGAGCUGACAAUGUAUGAGCAUCCAUCUGAAGGGGAGAUUCUUCGGGGCCUCAGGAUCACAGUCAAUGACUCUGAUCAGGGAGCAAAUGCCAAGUUCAACCUGAGGCUUGUAGGAGCUGGAGGCAUCUUCAGAGUAGUUCCCCAGACUGUCCUGAAUGAAGCUCAAGUCACCAUCAUCGUGGAAAAUUCAGCUGCCAUUGACUUUGAGAAGAUCAAGUUAUUGACCUUCAAGCUUUUGGCCGUGGAAGUGAACACUCCUGAGAAAUUCAGCUCCACAGCAGACAUUGUGAUCCACCUCCUCGACACCAAUGACAACGUCCCCAAGUUUUCCUCUGACUACUACAUUGCCCGGAUCCCAGAGAAUUCUCCAGGGGGGUCUAAUGUGGUGGCUGUCGCAGCAAUGGAUCCAGAUUCGGGUCUGUGGGGUGAAGUCAAAUACUCCAUUUAUGGGGCAGGAGCAGAGCUAUUCCUGAUCCACCCAUCUGCAGGAAUCAUCUAUACUCAGCCCUGGGCUGCCCUCGAUGCUGAGGUUACCUCCAAGUACAAUUUCUACGUGAAGGCAGAAGACACAGAGGGCAAGUACAGUCUUGCUGAAGUGUUCGUCACAGUGCUUGACGUCAAUGACCACUCCCCAGAGUUUGAUGAAAACAUUCAGGAGACGACAAUGGUCCUAGGAACCCCAGUAAAAAUUGAGGCAACAGACCAUGAUGCAGAGGAGCCAAACAAUGUCGUAGACUAUUCCAUCAUGCAGGCAGAACCUGCCAACGUGUUUGACAUCAAUGAAAGCACUGGGGAGAUCCGGCUGAAGGCCUUUGUCCACUCUCUGGACAUCAUCCACAACAUCACCAAGAACAGAGACUGCACCUGGUCAGUGCUGGUGCAGGCCAAGGACCGAGGUUCUCCAUCCUUCAGUACCACAGCUGUGCUCAAGAUUGACAUCCUGGAUGAGACCUUGCAUAGAGGACCCAUGGCUGCCUUUCUGAUGCAAACUAAAGACAACCCCAUGAAAGCUGUAGGCGUGCUGGCUGGAGUCAUAGCCAUCAUGGUGGUCAUUACCGUUUUCAUCUCCACUGCCAUGUUCUGGCGCAACAAGAAAUCCAACAAGAUUCUACCAAUCCGAAGGGUGAUCCGAAAGAGGCCGAGUCCACCAUCCCGUACCAUCAGGGCAGAGUGGCUCAAAUUCAAGAGGUCUCAUGCAGGAGACAAAUUUGCUGUCAAGGAUGAACUGCCCAAUGAGAACCAUAACAACAACAGCUUGAUGUUCACCCCACCUCCUACUGCACCAGCCCUGCCCCCUCCACCCACCCCCAUUCCCAAGAUCAGUCCCACGGAGUGGACAGUGCCCACAGUCUCUGGCUCACUGACUCCCAAGCACACCCGUAAACUGCUGAAGGAAAAGGCUUUGGAGAGUCCUGUCCAAUCUGCCCUUGUUUCUGAGCUCAAGCAGAAGUUUGAAAAGAAGGCUAUGGACAACAAGCCUUACUUCUGAGAAAUUUCCCGUGGCCACUCUCAAGGCCCUCAUCCCACUGUCCUUGUCCCUGACAACUUCUAGAUUCAGCUAAAAGCAAUUCAGAUGGCACAGUCACUCGUUUUUUGUACAAGUAUUUACUGUUCAUUUGCAUGGAUUCUCUGCCAAUCUCCUUUUCCGUUUUGCAGUGGAAAUAAUUUCUUCAGUGACCUAGAACGUAGAUGCUAAUCACUAGAUUAUAGUUGACCGUAGUCUCCUCUAGAACUUUACCAAAUGUCCCACUGCAGACAAAGUGUUCAUUUGUUGACCGAUGUUCAAGUUGCCAUUGGAUGGGGUUUCAUAGGUCCUCUUGUUCCUCCUCAUUCUUGGAAAAACUGAAGCUUGUUUGGUCAUUAUUUCUGAGCAGCCUGACCCAAAAGAAUCUCAGACUAGGAACAGAACUCCUGCCAGAUGUGAUGAGACCUCUAUAUAGUGUGAUGCCAGCUCAGGUUGUUCUCAACAGGCUAGCUUCCAAAUGCUAAACAUUCCUUGAGAAACAGAAUGGAGAAGCUAGUAAUAAUGUUCAGUCUUGACCUGAAUAAAGCAACUUCAAAGGCAGUAUUUUGAGAGCUGUUAGGAAAGCACACACAGUCAAAGGGAGGUCAAUGGUGAGCUGAAAAUGCUCAUUAAACUACACUAUUAAAGGAGAAGAGCAAAAUAUAUUGUCUAGGUUUUCAAGACAAAAAAAUGAUAGAUUAUGCUUUCAUCCUCUGUACUACAGGGUUUGGAAUGGAGAUAACUGAUUCUUGCCACUGGUGGAAGCAGAUACUUAAGUAUCCAAGUCCACCGAGGAAAUGACACAUUAGUGCUUGGGGAUGAUCCAGAAACUGCAAAUGUUGCUCAAGUUCAAAUUCAUUAGACUGAACCAUAUACAUCUGCAUAUACUGUAUCCGUAUAUACACCCACAAGUAUUUUAAGUCCCAUCUCUCUCCAUGGAACUGCCCUGGAAUGGUAGUUCCUUGAAAAGGCAACAAGGGAUAGUAGAAAUAUCAUUGGAUUAAGCCUUAGGAGACCUGGGUUCUAGCCCUGAUUCUGCUAUUAUUCUGAUGAAUAUUCUUGAUUCUGCCAUGUGACCUUGGGCAAAUCACUUGGCCGCUCUGUUUCAAUGAACUUAUUAUUUUCACAGUCAUUUCUGCCCUACCUAACAAGGAAUUGUGAGGAUCAAGUGAGCUACUAAUGAAUGGGAACAUGGGAAAGCUAUAAUACAUUCUACAAAUGUAAGGUGGCACAGAUACUGGUCUUCAAUUUCAAAGACCUAGGUUUGAGCCCUGGAUCUGUUACUAGCUAUGUUCUGUGUUAUUCUAAGCAAGGUAGUUACCCUUUGAACCUCAAUUUUCUCAUCUGUAAAAUAGGGAUGCAUCUCAUACUACCUAUCUCACAGGGUUGUUGUGGGGAAAGUGCUUUAUAAAUUUUAAAGUAUCAUAAAAAUGAGAAGGAUGAUCAUUAGGAAGAGUUGUGGAACAUUAGUUCCAAUACAAAGUAUUGAGUGUCCCUCACCUCUCAUGAGUUUGCCACAGAGUCACAAAAUUUGAAUGAAAUCAGGGGUUUUUUGUCUCAGCAGGGCCACUCUUUUGCAAAAAUACAUUGCUAUUCAGCCAGUCACUUAUGUCAGUGUUAUAUAAGGGAACAGCCAGAGAAGCCACAAAAAUAAUAGAAAUAAAAAACCAAGUGAGAUAAUAGUCCUAUUAGUCAUCCUUCUCAGAUGGCUGUGUUCAUAUAACCAUAGAAUGUUAGAGCUAAUAUGAGUCUUUAAAAGCAUCUACUCUAAUAGCUUCCUUCUAUUGAUGCAGAAAUUGAACCAGAAAUAUGAAGUGAUUUGUUCAGGACCCCCCCAAGACCAAUUCCUGGCAGAGCCAACACAAUCAUUCAGCUCUCUUGGGUCUUGGCUUUUCCCACAACACUACAUAUAAUUCAACGUGAGCAUUAUUAUCUUAAGGGUUUGGCAACCUUUCCCUAAGAGAUAGGGAAGGAAAGAAUCCAUAUCCUAUAUAGGUGGGACUUGCUUUAAGCAAAUCCACUCUCAGGAAAACCAGGAAUAUGUAAAAAGAUAAAUGGAGGACAGUUUCUUGCUUACCUUGGAUAGUCCACUUCAGAUGAUUUUAUUUUUUUAAAUGUGACUUACACAUAACUUUUCUUUGGGUGAAUGUGUUAGUACAAUGUGUUCCAUUAAUAAUUGGGAGGAUAGACAUAUCACCUGCUCCUUAGAUUCCAUGUUAGGUUUUCUCCUAAUUCACGGCGCUGCCAUUAAGUUUGAUUUGGAAACGGGGGAAGGAUCAAGAGAUUCAAUGAAACUAACUAGAAGGAUAGGGUGAAAGGCCAACAAAUAGUAAAGAAGGGGAGUAUUGUUAUAUACCAUGGAUAUUUGGGGAUUUUUUUUCAUUGAACAUUACCACUCCUGCCAGUUGUAUUGUAUUUCUUUUUUUUUGUAAUUAUGAAUAAAAUCCUUUAAAUCAAA